AUGGCUGAUGAUAGGAACUCUAUUUGUAAAGAGCGUGUUCAGAGUUCAAUUGAGGAGGAAUAUUUAUGUCCAUUGUGCUAUAAUUUAUUAUUAAAACCAGUUGAAUGUAAUAAUUGUCAACGUGUAUUCUGUAAACAAUGUAUUGAUAAAUGUUUAAAAGCGAAGCCAAAUCUUUGCCCAUUUUGUGAGAAUUAUCAAGAGAAACGUUGUUCACCAAUGUUUUAUGCUUUAUUAUGCAAAUUAAAGAUUGAAUGUAUCAAUAAACCGAAUGGCUGCGAUCAAGUUCUUUUGUAUGAAUUAAUAGAAGAACAUGAAACAAAUAAGUGUUUAGAUCAAAUGAAACAAUGUCGUGGAUGCUUGAAAAAUAUUCUUAAAAGGGAUUUAGAUCAACAUGAAGCCACGUGUGAUCAAAUUGAAAUCCAAUGUGUAAAAUGUUCACUUAUUCGCAAACAAAACAGUAAACAUGAUCAGUUUGAUUGUUUAUCGAAUAAACAAGUAUUACUAGAGCAAAAAAUUCAACAAAACGAAGAACAAAAUAAAACACUGAUUAACAAAAUACAAAUGGCAGUGAAACAGUUGGAAAUACAUAAUAUUGAAAAUCAACAAAAAAUUAAACAGCUGGAAAUAGCUAAUGCAGAAAGUCAGGAAAUGAUAAAAUGUUUAAAAAAUGAACUACAGUGGAAUGAUAAAUUCAGUAAAAGUGAUUUUAUCGACGAACUGAAAAAACAAAUAUCAUUAUCAUUAUUGAUAGAACCUUUUCAUGGUGAUAUCAAGACCAAUAUUCCUCUUGCUCUUCUUCCUCAAUGGCAUAUUAUCUAUGAUCAACUUUACAGUCAUAAGACAACAAUCAACGAAUUCCACGCAUUAUUACCAAAAUGUUCAGUGAAUAUUAUUGUUGGUGCAAUUUCAAAAAAUUCACCAACCGUUUUAUCUUUGGCUGCAUGUGGACCAAAAGAUAUUUUGAGUUUGAAUACACUAUUAAACCAACCGUUCAAACACGAUAAUGUUUAUUGGUAUUUAACACCGACGAAAUCAUUUGGAUUUUCACCAACAUCAGUUAUAAAACAAGAGAGUCCAGAUAUAGUAUCAGAUCAAGGGUAUAAACGUUUAAGUUGGUACCUUGAUAGUUAUGGUGGUUAUCGAGUAGGAAAUAUAAUUAAUUUAACUACUAGUGGUGAUUGGCGCAAAGUUAUUCUGUCUGAAAAAGUUUAA